AUGACGAUAGUGAUCGGAUUCGAGGGCAGUGCGAAUAAGAUCGGUGUGGGCAUCAUCCGCGAUGGAGAGGUGCUUUCCAACCCGAGGAGGACGUACAUCACUCCCCCUGGACAAGGUUUCAUGCCCAGCGACACGGCCAGACACCACAGAGCAGUCAUCUUGACUGUUCUGAAGGAGGCUCUGGAGGAGGCGGGACUUCAGCCUCAAGACAUUGACUGUGUGGCCUACACCAAAGGGCCCGGGAUGGGUGCUCCGCUGGUCACCGUGGCUCUUGUGGCCCGGACUGUGGCUCAGCUCUGGGACCGGCCUCUUCUGGGGGUGAACCACUGCAUCGGACACAUCGAGAUGGGACGCCUCAUCACCAACGCCCACAACCCCACAGUGCUCUACGUCAGCGGGGGAAACACACAGGUGAUCGCUUACUCAGAGCGGCGCUAUAGAAUAUUUGGGGAGACGAUUGACAUCGCGGUCGGUAACUGUCUGGACCGGUUCGCCCGAGUCAUUAAAAUUUCCAACGACCCCAGUCCCGGCUUCAACAUCGAACAAAUGGCCAAAAAAGGGACAAAGUUUGUGGAGCUGCCGUACACCGUGAAGGGGAUGGAUGUGUCCUUCUCUGGGAUCCUGUCGUACAUCGAGGAAGCUGCUCAUAAGAUGCUGAAGUCUGGAGAAUGCACAGCGGAGGAUCUCUGCUUUUCUCUUCAGGAGACGCUGUUCUCGAUGCUGGUGGAGAUCACAGAGAGGGCCAUGGCUCACUGCGGCUCCCAGGAGGUGAUGAUCGUAGGAGGAGUGGGAUGUAACCUCCGGCUGCAGGAGAUGAUGGGAGUGAUGUGUGAGGAGAGAGGAGCCAAAGUCUUCGCCACAGACGAGCGGUUCUGCAUUGAUAACGGGGCGAUGAUCGCUCAGGCGGGAUGGGAGAUGUUCCGGUCGGGGCAGGUCACAGAGCUGCAGGACUCGUGGAUCACACAGAGGUUCAGGACGGACGAGGUGGAAGUGACGUGGAGAGACUGA